AGAGCGGGCGAGAGAGGAGAGAGCGGCUUUUGCGUGCGGAGAUGCCGAGAGGAUCCGCGCAGCAGCACGGGCAGCGUUUACUACUACCGUAGUGGAGUAGCGUGCGCGCGCGUUGUGGCCGACGAGUCGGCGGGCCCGACGUGGCCGCCCGUUGCGUAUUUCCUUGCGUGAUUUCUGUCAGAAGUCGUGCGUCGCGAGCCAAAGGUAUGACGGGCCUCACUCGAUCGUUGUAAAUCGGCCAGCCGCCACCGUCGUUGCAUCGAGUGCGUGCGUGCGUGCUGUCCAACUUCGCAGAAAGUUCGGCGGCUCGUCACACGACAUGGCGGGCUUUCGUGACAGAGACAGAGCCCUGUUUCCCAUCCGCAGCAUCUCCGCGAUCGUGCAGAUCUUCAAGAAUCAGCUGGAGAACAGCGCCGAGCCGGAUCUCGCGCUGCUUUCGAUCCUCGUCGGCGCCGUGGAGAACUCCCUCACGUGCAAUCGCAUCUUCACGUCGCAGGAGAACGUCUACGACGAGCCGAAGCUGCCGGCGGUCGAGUAUCACAUCGCCGAGGCGCUGUACACCAAGUUUCACGCGGUGAUCAAGGGCGCCGUCGAUCUCACUGUGUACGACACCAAGUACGCCACCAGGGAGCUCGUCAAGAAGGUGUCGGACGUGAUAUGGAACUCGCUCACCAGGAGUUAUUACAAGGACCGGGCGCAUCUGCAGAGCCUCUACAGUUACCUGACCGCCAAUAAGCUGGACUGCUACGGAGUCGCCUUUGCCGUGGUGGCCGGCUGCCAGGUGCUGGGAUUCAAGGAUGUACAUCUUGCCAUGUCGGAGGAUCACGCGUGGGUUGUAUACGGAGAGGACGGAACGGAGACAACGGAGGUCACAUGGCACGGUAAAGGGAACGAAGACAAACGUGGACAACCUGUGGAGCCUGGUGUGGCAUCUCGAUCAUGGUUGUACGUAAACGGCCAGGCUAUGGUGUGCACUCGCGCUUUAGAAGUGGCUACCAUAGUGUCGGCUAUAAAUCCUAGUCUGAAUGCGACCACCGACGCCGCCGAAGUGGCUUUGCUGCAGCAGGAACUGCUGUGGCUGUUGUACGACUUGGGCCACCUCGCACGGUAUCCCAUGGCUCUCGGCAAUUUGGCUGAAUUGGAGGAGGCCGCUCCUACGCCGGGAAGACCGCCGCCAAUAGAUCUCUUCCAGGAGGCUGUAAGAUCGGCGAGGAAAUACUACGGCAAUGCGCAUGUCUACCCUUACACUUAUCAAGGAGGAUAUCUGUAUCGCCAUGGCUCGCAUGUGAACGCAUUUGCAUCGUGGGCCGAUGCCGCCGAUGUAUUGCGGAAAUACGAUUACUCGCGGGACGACGGGGAGAUAUACAAGGAAUUGCUGGAGAUCGCCAACGAGCUGAUACCGCACGCGGUGCGCGUCGACGAGCGCCUAUUGCGACAGCCACGGAGCUUCGCGUACCUGUUGAGAUUCUACGACGGUAUCUGCCAGUGGGAGGAGGGCGCCAACACCCCUGUGCUGCACAUCGGCUGGGCCCGGCCGCUGGUGGGCACGAUCUCCAAGUUCGACGCCAGCAUACGCGCGCAGGUCGUCAUCGAGUGCUACACGGACGCGAAGCAGAAGGAGGAGACGGCGCAGAAGAGAGAGACGAGUCCCGAGGAAACGCUGAACAACAACAACAACAAUUACUGCAAGACCAAGGAGAGGGGCAACGCGGCGCGGGAUCUGAUCAAGAGUCUGGAGUCGAAGGUGCCCUCGAAUUCCGCGUCGACGCAUCCCAGCAUUCAAGCCCUCACGGCGGCCUGCAGCGAGAAGAUACUUAACAGAGAUUACCUGCUGCAGGGCGGCGGCGAGCCGUUCGUCGCGCCGCCGGACGACUCCCUACCGCCGGCGCCCUCCACCUCCAAGGUCGAGAGCGUCGAGCCCGAGAGCGUGGAGACCGAGUCCGAGAGCGAGAGACCGAGGAUAAUACUGUACAGUCAGAAGAUGAAGGGCCUGAAGGAUCUGCUGCUGGCGGAGAAGCUCAACACCCAUGCGAUCUCGCUGCAGCUGACGGCGCAGAGCCAGGUGCAGAUCGGCAAGAAGACGCGCGGCGGCGACGACGUGGGGGUCAGUCAGCGUCCGAAGAGGACGCGCCGGGAAUAGUAUAAGAUCCUCGACCGACGUUUCGGUAUAGUGAAGUAUUGAAAAGUGCCACCGCUUCGGAGGGAUUCGCUCUCCCCGCCGGGAUCGGCGCCGGCACGUUCCGGCGCGGUUCGCGCGCAAAAGCAGCAGUCAUUUUAAGGUAUACACCGACCUCCUCGCUCUCCGGCGUUUUCCCCGGGGCGCGGUCGUGAAUGAAUUUGCGUGCCGUUUGAUUUUCGAAUGAAAAAAAAAGCCCUCCACGGUGCUCCUCCCGUUUUGCAACGACGCGCCGCGGGUCCUUGCGAGACAACGUUCUUACGUUACCGUCGGGGGAUACAUCGCCGUUAGAUCUAGAGUAUAAAGUAGGUGUGGAGAGAGAGAGAGAGAGAGAGAGAGAGAGAGAGAGAGAGAGAGAGAGAGAGAGAGAGAGAGAA